CUAAACAGUAGCUCUAUACUGUUAAACUGUACAUGAGGUGACACAGUUGCUGUAUGCAGACUGGAUACGUACAUGGUCUGGUGUACAGUAGCUGUAUACUGAUAACAUACGUACAUGGUCUGAUGUACUGUAGCUGUGUACUGAUUGAGUACGUACAUGGUCUGGGGAAUAGUAGAUGUAUACUGAUUGGGUACGUACAUGGUCUGAUGGACAGUAGCUGUAUACUGAUUGGGUACGAACAUGGUCUGAUGUACAGUAGCUGUAUACAGAUUGGGUACGUACAUGGUCUUAUGUACAGUAGAUGUGUACUGAUUGGAUGCGUACAUGGUCUGAUGGACAGUAGCUGUAUACUGAUUGGGUACGUACAUGGUCUUAUGUACAGUCGAUGUGUACUGAUUGGGUACCUACAUGGUCUGAGGUACAGUAGCUGUGUACUGAUUGGAUACGUGCAGGGUCUGAGGUACAAUAGCUGUAUACUGAUUGGAUACCUACAUGGUCUGAGGUACAGUAGCUGUGUACUGAUUGGAUACGUGCAGGGUGUGAGGUACAAUAGCUGUAUACUGAUUGGAUACCUACAUGGUCUGAUGUACAGUAGAUGUGUACUGAUUGGAUGCGUACAUGGUCUGAUGGACAGUAGCUGUAUACUGAUUGGGUACGUACAUGGUCUGAUGUACAGUAGCUGUAUACUGAUUGGGUACGUACAUGGUCUGAUGUACAGUAGCUGUGUACUGAUUGGUUACCUACAUGGUCUGAGGUACAGUAGCUGUGUACUGAUUGGAUGCGUACAUGGUCUGAUGGACAGUAGAUGUAUACUGAUUGGGUACGUACAUGGUCUUAUGUACAGUAGCUGUGUACUGAUUGGGUACGCACAUUGUCUGAUGUACAGUAGCUGUGUACUGAUUGGAUGCGUACAUGGUCUGAUGGACAGUAGCUGUAUACUGAUUGGGUACGUACAUGGUCUGAGGUACAAUAGCUGUAUACUGAUUGGAUACCUACAUGGUCUUAUGUACAGUAGAUGUGUACUGAUUGGGUACGUACAUGGUCUGAGGUACAAUAGCUGUAUACUGAUUGGGUACGUACAUGGUCUUAUGUGCAGUAGAUGUGUACUGAUUGGAUGCGUACAUGGUCUGAUGGACAGUUGCUGUAUACUGAUUGGGUACGUACAUCCAAUUGUACAGUGCUGUCUUUGUAAACGUGGUGAAAUGAACAGCAGUUGUAUACACACUGACCCUGUUCAUGUUCUGAACAUAUAUUUGUAUACUGACUGUAUUUGUACAUUUGUCAUCAUCCUUGGGUUCUUUUUGCAUAUGAAUAAACACGGAUAUUAUCGACGGAGGUUCUAGGGACAUUAUCACAGAAAAGAAAACGAGGUGUGCGAGAUUCGAACAUGAGUCUUGAGCGUGACAAGCUAACGCUUUAACCCCUAAGCUAUCCCUUGCCCCCAAGACCAACUUAGAUGUGUAUGUACAGGGAGACAUCCCCUGGGGAUAUUGUGUUACUUAGUGUCCAAUGUUGAGCUGUUGAUUUUUGUUCGAAUUAAUUAUGUUUAAUCAAUCAGAUCCUUUGGCUUUUGAGAAUUCAUGUGUCUCAAAUAUUUCAUUAAUUCCACUUAUUGUAAUCACUUCGAUAGCAUUCAUAAUGAGUUCACAUGUGACGCCAAUUGAAAGUAACGACAUAAAACUAUAAUGGAGUUGGAAUGCCUGUAGCGAACAUACACAAACCACAGCACAAUAAAGGGCAAUAUAUAUUUUAUUGUCAUUGUGUAAACCACACUAAUGAGCAUCAAUCUUCAUAUUGUAGCGUACAGAGAAGCGGAAACUGAUAUAAAACCACAAACAUUCGUCGGAACCAUAAAGUAGCAUCUUUAUUACUUAUGGAUGAUCAACUUCUUUAUGUUAACAAUCGCGACAUUCUUAUACCGUUUUGGAGAAUGCUUGAAAACAUGCUUGAAAACUGUAUAAGAAUCUAUAACGAAACGUCGUCAUUGUUAAGAAGUUGAUCAUCCAUAAGGUUUUGCAAUCUCUAAUUUUAUAACUGUAGGGUACACCAACCUCCCAAUUCUCACUUCCAUGUCAAAUGUCAUUCAGUGAGUAAUAUUUACAAUUUUGUUUUUUCCCCAAUCCAGGAAACAAUUUCUUGAACUCACAAGGAGAAUUUUAUUGAAAACAUAUCAAGCAUAGACCUCAAACAGAAACGUUUCAGGUCAUAUAGACAACAUUUACACUUGGUCGCAAGUUUGAUUAACGUUCAGUGCCGUACUCAGCUACAUAUAUUCCUUCUAUGUGACGGUGAUGUGUGAAACACCCGAGUGUGGACUGUACAAUCCACUGGCUGUCAUCAGCAGAUCUACCCACUUAAUAUAUCAACGAGCCUGAUCAGCAUCGCCUCUUAAGACAAUCGCGGAUUAAAGAAAACAGCUUAUCCGGACUUUCACGCGUUUCUGAUGCGUGUGGAUAUAUACCGUAACGUUAUUUGAGUGAUUUUUAAAAGAGGAAUUGUGAUUUCCGGUAAUUAUAUUACGAUGCUAUUAUUAUGGAAUUGCAACUGCUGACUUGAAUCAACAUAACGAAAGGCAGAGCAAACGAUACUGAUCGAUGUCUUGACAGACGCCCCACUCCACUUAACCUCUUCCCAUCAUAAAUACUUCUCUACUUAUGUUCACAUUUUCAUUAUACUACUGCAGCACAAUCUAAUGUCAAAAUGAUGCCUCUGGGGAAUUUCCCCAAGACUUUGGGCACUUCAUAUCAGAUGUUCGGAUCGUGCAUGUUCUGUUAUAUGAUUCAUUUGUCUGAAAUGAAGAACACAUUAGGAAUAAGUGAUCGGGUAUAGGGCUGCUUUGAACAGUAUUAUAGUCACAUCGAAUAUAUAUGAAAUGAAAGUCCAAAGUGAUCAAAAGUAUAACUUUAGGAAUCUACAUUACAAAGUAUUAUUUGAAAAUAAAAACCUGCUGUUGCUA